AUGGCGGAAUUUAGAAAGAAACCCCCUGAUGUGGAAGGCAAUACGGUAACCUUCUUACUGACCAAACAGGCAGAACAUCUUGUGGAUGGCCAUCGUGUCAAGGUCGUUGUUGUAGGUAGCGCACCUAAAGGAGUUGCGGUCGCUAUAGCGAUUCUGUUCAAGCGCCUCGCUUCGGAACUUGUCCUUAUAGACACGAACGAAGACCUUGCUAAGGCGGAAGCAGAAGACAUUAGCCACGCGGCGGCAUAUCUCGGCAAUCCCAAGAUUAUUGGUACCAAAGAUUAUGCUUGUGCCAGAGACGCUGCGGUGUGUGUGAUCACAGUUGGAAGCCAGUCUCAUGAAGAUCAGCAAUCAACCGAUUAUCUGGAGCAUAAUCUAAAAAUCUUUAAAGAUAUUAUUCCGAAUGUCUCCAAGUACGCGCCGAACAGCGUUCUGCUUAUUCUUUCAAAGCCAGUCGACAUCCUGUCGUACGUUGCUAUGAAGCUAUCGGGAUUUCCACCCAGCCGUGUUAUAGGACUAGGAACAUUUUUGGAUAGUUGUAGAUUUCAAUAUUUUAUCGCUCAGAAACUCGGAAUUUCGGCGAGCGCAAUUCAAGCAUUAAUCAUUGGUGAAAGCGGACCGGCUUCUGUGCCGGUUUGGUCCGCCGUUGCAGUAAUGGGCAUGCCUUUAAAAGACAUAAAUAAAGAGAUCGGCAUGAAAACGGAUCCAGAAUCCUGGGGGGAUUUACAUACCAAGAUCAUUAACAGUGAUAACGAGUUGAUUACAAAGAAAGGUUAUCACAGCUGGGGAGUUGGUAUCUGUGCAAGUGAAAUCGUCGAUGCUAUCGUGCGCAACACUUGCGCCUGUUUUACUGUUUCAACGUUUCUAAAGGGUUGCCGACAUGGACUUGAAAAAGAUAUCUUUAUGUCAUUACCGUGUGUAGUAGGAAGAAACGGCGUCCAAUCAUUUAUUCGUUUAUUAUAUACAGCUAAAGAACAAGAAUUAAUGACGAUAUCUUGCCGAAGAAUUUAUGAAAUGCAGAAAUCGAUCCUUGACAAGAUUGAAUGA